GAAGGCACGGUAAUUUACUGGAAAAUAUAUUUUGUCGCGCGAAAUACUAAUAGUAGAAACAUCGGGGGCACAUUUUUGACAGUAUCAACCCCAAAAUAUCUGCGAUGUCUUGGACGUACAUGUUAUCAUAUACAUCUUUCUUCAGUGCAUUUUUGUUCGGAGUCCGACCGCAAAUUGUGUCUCUGGAUCAUAUUCCUGAGAUUCUCCCCUAUGAGGCGAGUGGCAGGGUAACCAGCACUACCAUUGUGCUGGGCCAGCCUCUGUGCUACUUCAACACACUGACCCAGCUCAAAUGCAGUCAAAGCACCUGUCAAGUAUGGGCUGCCAUCGCCUCUGGACCAGGCAUCAACAACUUUGACAUUGACAAGCUGGUAGCAGUACAGAUCGUCAGUGCCUCUCCAUACCCUAUUGCCUUCAGCAGCCAGACUGAUAGAAUGUACUUUGUAACCAAAUUGGGUCGCCCUAAGGACUUCCCCUGUGGCCAGUUGCCUGGCAUCAAGUACUUCAGAGUAGGUGCGGAGGGCAACUGCACCAACACCAACUGCAAUGGGAUCCUACCUCCGGGUUCCACUGUCAGGGUGAAGUACAUCCUCAUUGAUCCAGUGUCCAGAGGAGUGGUCUCAGAGUCUAAAUGGUCAUAUCCCAUUUCUCUAACAUCAACGAGGUCCUGGUCCUCCAUAGAUGAGUGGAUAGGGAAGCACUCUGGGGGAAUGGUGGUCAUCACAGUCAUCUCUUCCUGUCUGCUGGCUGUCCUGCUACUGCUGCUGGGAGCUGUGCUGCUACUGGACGGUUUGGGAUCAUUCCGUGGAGGCCAUGACAUCACCACUGGACCUGGGAUACUGGGACAAUACUCAUACUAACUUCCUCCACUCUCAGACCAGUACAGCACUCCUCAAGACAUUUCUGUGACCAUUGAUGUGGACACUUCACUGUGCAUCUAGCAGAGACCUAGGAUGGAAAUAUGCAUAUGGUUAAACCUUAUGUUAAUGUUCUGAUGUCAUUUCUACAUGAACAUUGCCUUGCAAAAGUAUUCAGACCCCUUGGAUUCCUUCACAUAACUUUUGUGUUACAAAGUGGGAGUAAAAUAGAUGUAAUUGUCAUUUUUUGUCAACAAUCUACACAAAAUACUCUAAAGUCCAAGUUGAAGAAAAAUGCAAGCAUUUUUUAAUCAAAUAUAGAUAGACGUUGCAUCAGUAUUCACCUCCCUGAGUCCAUACACAUUAGAAACACCUUUGACAGUGAUAACAGCUGUGAGUCUUCUUGGGUAAGUCUCUAAGAGCUUUGCACACCUGGAAUGUGCAAUAUUUGCAUAUUAUUAUUUUCAAAAUUGUUCAAGCUCUUUCAGAAUAAUGGUUAAACAGCAAUUUUCUUUCCAUAGUAUUUCAAGCAGAUUUAAGUCAAAACUGUAACUUGGCCACUUAGGAACAUUCACUGACUUCUUAGUAAGCAACUCCAGUGUAGAUUUGGCUUUGUGUUGUAGUUUAUUGUCCUGCUGAAAGGUGAAAUCCUCUCACAGUGUCUGGUGUAAAGCAAACUGAAGUAGGUUUUGCUCUAGGAUUUUACCUGUGCUUAGCUCCAUCCCGUUUCAUUUUAUCCUGAGAAACUCCCCAAUAUUUGCCGAUGCAACCACCACCAUGCUUGAAAAUAAGGAGGCUGUUACUCAGUGAUGUGUUGCAUUUAGACCAGAAAGUGUAUUCCUUUACCAGGGUAUUUUUUUUUCAAAAUUACUUUAAUGCUUUGUUGUAUACAAUAUGCAUGUUUUGGAAUUUUUUGUAUAUUUGUGUUCUUUUCACGCUGUCAUUUACAUCAUUAUUGUGGAGUCACUACAAUGUUGUUGAUCCAUCCUCAGUUCUCUCCCAUCAGAGCCAUUGAACUCUGUGGCUGUUUUAAAAUCACCAAUGGCCUCAUUGUAACAUCCCUGAGCAAUUUCAUUCCUGUCCUACAGUUCAGUUCAGAAGGACUGUAUCUUAGAGGUGUCUGGGUGGUUUAAUAUAUAAUGCACAUAAUUAAUAACUAGACCAUGCUUAAAGAGAUAUUCAAUGACUGAUUAGUCAUUGUUACCCAUCUACCACUGCUCUUUUCACUGCUCUUUUGUAUGAGGCUUUCGAAAAGCUCUCUGGUCUUUAAUAGUUUAAUCUGUGCUCAAUCUGUAGUUUAGUCUGUGCUUGAAAUUCAAUACUUGACCGAGGGACCUUACAGAUGUUCUAUGUAUGGGGGACAGAGGAAGGGUUAGUCAUUUAAAAAUCAUGUCAACCCCAUAUUAUUUCACACAGUGAGUCCAGGUAACUUUUUAUGUCAUUUGUUAUGCCAAAUAUUACUCCUGAUCUAAUUUAGGCUUGUCUAAACAAAGGGUUGAAUACUAAUGCGAAAACUAUAUUUUUGUUAUUUAAUUAAAACAAAUAAUAAUCUUCCACUUUGACAUUAAGGAAUAUUUUGUGUAUAUUAUUGACCGAAAAUGACGAUUCAUUUUAAUCCCACUUUGUAACACUAUAAAAUGUGAAGAGAUCCAUGGGGUUUGAAUACUUUUGCAAAGUACUUUUGUAAUGCAAACUGCUACAAUACUUAAUCGAAUGUCUAUGGGAACCAUAAUUAAUCAAGCCUUUCUCUCUCCCUAUCUAUCUGACAUCACAAUCUUAAACCUUUCUUGGACUGCAACAGAUUAUUUAAAAGAUGUUUGUAUAUGUCUAAAUGUUUGAAUCUAUUUGUAGUACAUAUCUAUUUUUGUUAUAUAUAUACUGAACAAAAAUAUAAAUGCAAUAUGCAACAAUUUCACUGAGUUAGUUCAUUUAAGGAAAUCAGUAAACUGAAAAAUUCAUUAGGCCCUCAUUUAUGAAUUUCACAUGACUAGGCAGGGGUGCAGGGAAAAGGCCCCACCCCCUUAGGAGCCAGGCACUGCCAAUCAGAGUGAGUUUUUCCCUACAAAGGGCUUCAUUACAGACAUAAAUAAAUACAUUAAAUUCUCUGGCAACAGUUCUGGUGGACAUUUCUGCAGUCAGAAUGGCAAUUGCAUGCUCUCUCAACUUGAGACAUCUGUGGCAUUGUGUUGUGUGACACAACUGCAUAUUUUAGAGUUACGUUUUAUUGUCCCCAGCACAAGAUGCACCUGUGUAAUGAUCAUGCUAUUUAAUCAGCUUUUUGACAUGUGUCGUGGUAAUUUCCUGUAUUACUAAAUGAGGAGAGUUUACAAACCACACACAAGUCAGAGUUAUAUUUUAAAGUCCAUCUUUAAUUAUAUGAUCUUCACCAUAACCCUUUGACUCUCAGAUCAAUUCAUUGUCUAUAAAUGAAUUCUCUGAGAGUCCUUACAAAAGAAUACUUAGUAUCUUUUAUAGCCAAGAUACACCCCUCUCAACUCACAUGAUGAACCACAGAUCUUAGGAACUUCACAAAGGGCCUUUUACUUGAGAGAGGAGUAUCCCAUAGCCAGAUAGCAGUAGCUAUAAAUUAUCGUUCAGUUUGGUCUCUUAGACGAGGUUCUACUUCUCGUUCUUGGUACUUCAUAGUACCAAAACAUUACCUCAUCCAAUGGCAUAUAUCAAUUGUCAAUUCUAGAUACUCCCAUCUCAAAUACACCCCUUCCUGGACAAGCUCACGGAGGGGAGUGAGCCUCUAGGUCAUAUACUAGGUCAAGAGAAGGGCAACAUCAGAGGGGACAUACAAUAGUUACAGACACAUUCACAUAUGAAGACAAUGUUCAAACCUGACUUCUCCCUUUCUGAUAUUCUGCAUAUUACCAGACAUGUAAAAGACAAGCCUGACCUUUCCCCUCUCUGGGUCCCAAGUGACUUUUCCCUAGAGAAGAAAGGAAAAUGCAACUGCCAACAGUAUAGUCCAAAAGAAGACAUUCUAAUGACAAGUAUAAAAUAAAUAAAACAUCUUAUUUAUCUAUGUUACCUAACUAAUUCUGAUUCAGCUACGACACAUGCCACAACUGGCAGGUGGAUGAAUUAUCUUGGCAAAAGAAAAAUGCUCACUAACAUGGAUGUAAACACAUUUGUGCACAAAGUUUGAGAGAAAUUACCUUUUUGUGAAUAUGGAACAUUUCUGGGGACUUUUAUUUCAGUUCAUGAAACAUGGGACCAACACUUUACAUGUUGCGUUUAUAUUUUUGUUCAGUGUUUUUGGAAAAAUAUUUAUCGUGAAUGUUUUAAUAUAUUGUUGGCUUUUGUACUUUCAUAUGAUAUGAUGUUGAAUGAUUAAGUGGUGAAUAGCCUGCUAUGAAUUUACCACCAAUGUCAUAUCUGUCUAAACUGCCUCCCGAGUGGCGCAGCGGUCUAAGGCACUGCAUCGCAGUGCUAGAGGCAUCACUACAGAUCCAGGCGGCGACUGGGAGACCCAUGAGGCAGCGCACAAUUGGCCACAAUUGGCCCAGCGUCGUCCGAGUUAGGGGAGGGUUUGGCCGACCCGGAUGUCCUUGUCCCAUCGUGCUCUAGUGACUCCUGUGGCGGGCUGUGCGCAUGCACACUGACACGGUAAGCAGUUGGACAGUGUUUCCUCCGACACAUUGGGGCGACUGGCUUCCGGGUUAAGUGAGCAGUGUGUCAAGAAGCAGUGCGGCUUGGCAGGGUCGUGCUUCGGGAGGACGCAUGGCUCUCGACCUUCGCCUUUCCCGAGUCCAUACGGGAGUUGCAGCGAUGGGACAAGACUGUAUCUACCAAUUUUGGGGUAAAAAGUAAAAUAAAUUAAAUAAUAAUAUCGGUCUGAUCUAAGGGUAAGCUUUUCACCCACAGUAAGCACAUGGAUUUUAUAUUAUCUAAUCUACCUAUAAAACAGAUGGGUUCCAGCAGAGCUAUAAUGCCUAGUGAAAGUCUACACGGUGCUUGCACAGUUGUCACAUUUCACGGCCUUAAAAAAAAUGAAUUAAUUAAAAAUAAAAUUGAUUGUCAAUGUCUUCACAAACCAGAGUUAUGCUGUGGUCAUAACAAGUGGGAGACUUGUUAUAAACUGGGAGCAAUGUCAGUGUGCAUUCACGUGCUUUGAACUUGCUGAGCAAGCUUACUGGCUGAAGGCAAACAAGCUGGGUCAAGCAUAAACUAAAAGUAAAACUAUCAUGCCCGUAUCAAAUUAUUGUGUUCAAAAACCAUAUGAAUUGAUAGAUGCAAUAACAAAACAUGAAUUUUAAAAAUCUAACUGUUAUCAAGGUAAUUUCCUUAGUAGGCGAAGUCAGAGUUCAUCAUGUGGGAGCUCAGAAAUGAUAGACUAGUUUCCCACUAGUAAUUACGAGUUGGAGGGGUGUUCAUUGACUCUACGUUAUGAACGCAGCAUAAAUAUCCUCUGGAACCCUCUUCCCAAAAGGUCCGAAGCUUCUGUGCAUGUGUGAGAUUCUCUACUUUAUGCACAGAUUUGAAUAAGAUUCUACCUACUUUGCAUAACUGUUGGGUCAACAUACAGUAUAUCAUCAAUCUUUUAUUGUUAUGUACUUUACCCCCUUUUUUCUCCCCAAUUUCGUGAUAUCCAAUUGCCUCAAGCACUGCGCCUCUCGGGUGGCAUAUCCAUUGUUUUUGUUUUUGUCUCAAGCUCAGUGGUUGGGAGUCAUUGAUGUACCGAAAUAUUCUAAACUUCUUUCUGAUUUUCAAAGAGAUUUAAAUCAGGACUGAGUCUGCACCACUCAGGAACACUCAACAGCACUUGGAA